AUAAUAAAACUCUCUGUUAAUUUUUCAAUAGAUGUGAUCAAAAAUCUGUCUUUCAAAUAUCGGCGACUUUCUUCAUUCAAAUAUUAUCACUAAAUUCAAAUAAUUUUAUAAUUUAAAAAUAAAUUUUAUUGUUACAAAAGUUUUAUAAAUUUAUUCACGAUGAUGAAAUCAAUAGGAAAUAUUAUUUUGAGUGUAUGGUUCGCAAGUGCUUCUUGUUAUGAAUUCGAAAACUUACCAGUAACAGAUACUCCAAUCACACAAGUACAUGUGGCUCAACUUUUUAAACUUUGCUAUGCAAAUACAUCAAAUCCAAUAGCCAUCACUGAAAACUUGGCAGAGACAUUGCACAAAAAUUUGUCCGACACAACAAAGGCUCCAGUCAUUAUCAUCAACGCUGAAUUCGUAUUAAAAAACAUUCCGCCGUACUUUCCAACCCACCCAAUGUAUAUUUUAUCAGUGUCAAGUCAUAGGAAAUUGUUUGCUAUUUUCAACAAGUUGAAAUUUGCACCCUUCUGGAGUAUUCAAUCAACGUUUUUCGUGAUAGUCGAAUCGGUAGAAUCAUGUGAAAAGGAUUUUAUUAUAUUUUUGGUAGUACUAGGUCAGUUCACUCUGUUUUCAUGUGUUGUGCUGUGCUCUAAUACCGGUGGUGAAACCACUCUCUAUACUUACAAUGCUUUCACCAAACGAGCUCCCGAUCCUUGGAUUGCCAUGAAUGUUAGUGGGUUUUUUCAACGUGGUCGCCCAGUGACCUUCUACAAACAAUCGUUUACGAAUGAUCAUAAUAUGUGUGAGAGUCUCACUUUCGAUAAAACUGAAGUUCUCGAUGGUUAUCCUGUUAAAGUUGCUAAAAUGAGAGAUUUAAGAAUGCCGUCUUACUUCCCGUUUCUGUUUUCAUUUUUAAACAUUACUCCACAAGUGACUGUCUUCCCAAAUGAUCCAUAUUUAGUUACUCAUUCACUAAGGGAAAGCCAUGAGAUCAGUACAUUAAUAUAUGACGAUAAUUCAGCUAGAUUCGGAGCCACAGUGCCGGUGACUUUUGAAAUACUUUAUGUCAUAGUAACACAAAAGCGAAGUUUUCGACCAGUAUUUUAUGAAACUGAAAGUGUGUUCGACAUUAAUGGGGCUAUAGGGAUAAUAAUUAUUCUUCUUCUAAUUACCGUCCUGAUUAUAUUGCACAAUGGGUAUCAAGUCAGAUUGGCUAUUCUGGAUGUCUUGAAGCUGUUGAUGAGUAUGGGAAUGGAUGCACCUCUUGAUCGGCUCGCCAUGAAAUUAACUUUCUUUACUGCUUUUUUGUUCGUUUUUAUUUUUGGUCCAGCGCUUGAGGGACAAAUAUUUGCCGUAUUAACUCGUCCGCCAUCUCAGAACGUGGAGACUCUUCAGGACUUGUAUGAUCAAAAGUACCACGUCUAUUAUAUUGAAGCGAUAAAUUAUAGUAUAUUACAAAAAGGAUUAUGGAAAACUGUCGAGGAAAAGGAGUAUUUACAUCCCAAGCCAUCCUCAUUUACCGAAGAUCAAUGUUUAGAACUAGUUUCCGAAGAUAAUGGAGUUGCGUGUAUAUUUGAUUAUAGCCUGAUCUUAUAUGAAGCUAUGAACAAAAAUUUUUACAUAUCUAAAAAGUUUGUGUUUAAAAAUAGGUAUUUCUUACAAACUUGUAAAUAUUGGAUGUUGGGAAAACGAUUUUAUGAGGGAUUAUUAUACUUUAGAGACUUAGGUAUCGCAAAAAGAGAUCAGACAAUACCAAUACGAAAUGCAUGGGCCAAAAUAAAAAUUGAGAGAAGAAGAGAAAAAAUUUUCGAUUAUCAAAUAAUUGGCGCUGAAGAUUUGACAAAUUUAUAUAUAUUUAUGGCAUUUUUUCAGCUUUUGGCAGUCAUCAUAUUUGGUAUUGAACAUAUUUUUGCAUAUUAUCGCCGUCAGAGACGAUAGAAAUCAAAAUUCGAUAAUAUCGACAAAAUAUGCCUAUUAACAAAAACAUGCGCUUGACUCAAUAAAUUCGAUUGUGUAGAUUUCCUCUAUUCAACCAAUUACCAUGUUUCUUAUUUAAAUUAAGGUAUUUAUCAUAACAGUCACCUGUUAUAUUUAGUGAGUAUUAAAGCAACAACUUCACCAUCAGAUGUGAUUUUUACAAUUAUAAUCAUGCAAGUAAUCAUAACAUAUAUGACAAGAAUUUUAAAAUGAAAAUAUUAUUUUAUAACCACUAUAUUUAUAAUUACAUAAUAAUGUGUAUAUAUUUUUUUCAGUUUCCCUGACUGGAAACGUCGAUUGAAUUUGAUUCAAUCGAAUAAGAAUAGCGACUUUCUAAAUGAGUCCGAUUAAAUCUAAUUGAAUAAAUUUUAAUUGGAACAAGAUAUUUUUCCCAUUGAAAUUCGAUCAAUUAUUCGGAACCGUUCCAAGUGCAUUCCGAUUGACUGAUUUCAUCCUACAGCGUUUCAAUCAGAUUCUAUCGGAGUUUUUAAGCAGGUUUUCAAAUCACGUUUGAAUGUGUUAUCAAUUUGACUGAAUUUUUGAUUUUACUAAUAAGAUUCAAUUAUAUUUUACACAAAUAAAAAAAAAAAAAUGAAUAUUUUAGUGAGGCACCGUAUGAUUAAAUUGUGUAAGUUUUCAUUAUCUUUCCAUGUAAUUUUUUGAUUUAAGUAAUUAAUUUUAGUUUAAAAGUAUUGUCUAACGUUUA